AAUUAUUUGUGUGAACUUGCAAUGACAGUUAUUCAUACGCACAUGUUGCUUCAGUUUAGUUGUUAAAUAUAUUCAAGUUAAACUUUUAGUAGUUUUAUUUCAUGAUAUAGUAAGUUGGCUUUUACAAUUUCAAUCGUGACAAAAUGUUAAUUUUUCUAGAAAGUACAUAACUUUUUGUAAAUCUAACCUUGAAUAAUGUGCGCAUUUUCCAGAGCUGAUUUAAAACGUUUAUGUAAUCAUUUAUUUUUAUUUAAUUUUCAUUGGCUUAUAAUUUAUGAGAAGAAACUAAUGCAUUUAUCGUAUAUCAAUGAAUAUAUUACUAUUUGUUUUAGAUAAGAUUGGACACUAUUUAAAAACGUUACAAAUUUUUAUAUAUUCAAGAUUCACAAGCAAAAUCUAUUUACCAUAUGUAUCCACAAAAUUCACUUGUUUCGUUAUUGGUUAAUUAUCAUGAUUUUGAUGAUGAUGAAGAAACAGAUGAAAAUAUCCAGAAUAAUUUUAACAUUUUCAAUUUGAUUACAUCCAAAUCAGAUAGAGUUCUCCAGACGGUCUUGAUGGUAGUUCAAAUAUUAAUAGUAAAAGUCUUGAUAUAUCCAAUCAUCCUGAUCAAAAUCUGCUUGCAGAAAAAUCUGUUAAAAUAUCGAAUGGCGUUAAUCACUUAUUUUCACAAUUUGAAUUUAACAAUAUCUUGCUUCCAUCUGAAUCAACAGGUAGUUGUGCACUUACAUUGCAAGAUAAAAUUAUAAAAUUUUAUCAAAAAAUUGAAGCAAGACAAUUAGAUAUUUUUAUCGAACACAGUGGUCCAAAGAUUCUUUUUAUGAUAAGUUAGCAAUAGCACUGAAUGAUGAAAUGAAAGAGUUAUUAUUAAAAAAAUAAUGUUAGAAAAACUAUUCAUUUGCAUUGCAUCUCUUGCUUGAGAGCCACAGAUAUACCAUUAUCAACAACAUUUGUAAGCAGUAAAAUUCAGAAUAUAACAUAAAGGUGUUUUUUUGUAUUUUCUAUGUUGAUCUACCUUUGUAACUGAUAUGUGAAAAUAAAUCUAAAUAUAAUACACAUGUACAUACUAACAUUAAAAAUUAUAAAUUGUUGAUUCAUGUUUCUUAUGCUUUAUAAUUACUGUUUUUAUUUGAAUACAUAAAAUAUUAUUUUAACAGUAAGUGCGAUUCAUAAUGAUUUUUAAUAAUAAUAUCCAUAAACAUGGCAAUUCAUCUAAGUAAUAUAAAGAAUGGGCUUCCAUGUCACAAUUUGUGUUUGAGUAAAACAAAAAUUAUACAUGACAAUAAAAACAAAUAAUCAGCAACUCCAAUAUACUUAAAAGUAAAAUAAAAUAACUCAAACAAUGACAAGAUUCCUAGAAUAGCUAGAAACAAAACCAAAACGUCUAAAUUAUUAUUCUAACGUUUCUCUCUCAUUUGAUAAUUUGACUACCUAAUUUUGACAAUGUCGGUUUUUAAUAUAGGCUUUUACAUUAAUAUUUUAUUUUACAUAUAAAAGCAAACAGGUGCUGCUUUUUCAUGGGAGCAGGAAUCACAAACGUAUUACGGUUUCUAUGGCAACCUCUUUAUAUAUAAACACACAUAGCGUAAACGUAUUUAUAUCUUCUAAUAAUCUGUAGACAACAUUUUUGACACGAUUAAACAAUCUCAUAGACUAUAAAUUUAUAUGGCGUGUGCUAAUAAAUUCCAAGUUUAAUAAGUUUUUGUUGUAUUUUGUUGCUGUAAUAAAGAUUUGAUGACGUGCGUAAUAGUGAAGUUAUAAUGUCGUACUUUUUCGGAUCAACAAGCACAAAUGGUUUCAUAAACCGAGGAAGAAGAAAGCAUGCGAGGCAUAGGAGCACAUCCAACGAUAGUGACGUCGCCUCAAUUCAUGGAUCGAAGCAUCGCAAAAAACAUAGCUCGUCGGGCAAGUCCAUAUUAAAACCCAAGUCGUUUAAGGACUCAUCGGUCAGGUUUGAUUUAAGCGAUGUAUCAUCGAAGGGCAAAAGCAAACGCUGCUUACACAAAGAAAUCGCCAGAUUGGUCGAACAAAACAAUGUACUGACGACGAAGCUGGAAGGUACGAAUCCCAGAUCAGUUAGCUCGUCAGCCAUAAAAGAACGAGACGAGCUACUAUUGAAUUUGAAGAAGAAGUACCUGCAGUUGGAGCAGAAUUACUACGAGAUGCAAGCGGACCAUGACAGAAUAAGUUUGUUGUUAGCGAAGCGAGAGAAUGAAUUAAGACAGUUAAACAUGAACCGGGAAGAAUCGACGCUGGUUAUAAGAAAUUUAGAACAAGAGCGCAACAAGUCUAUCAGCCUUGUACAAAAAUUCAAAACUGACAAUUCGCAGUUACACGAAGAUGUCAAUCUGUUGAAAAAUUUGGUCUACCGCUUGAACGUUGAAAUCGAAAAGUACCAAGAUAAAUUUAGGUCUGAGGAUAAUAAAACAGUUGUUAUAGAUGAAACCGAGGUAAAUUACGAAAAUAAGCACGUAUUGGAAACUUGGGGUAAAGUCAAUUUUCAUGCUUUGAGUCCUUUGUUGAAUGCCUACGAUGAGAAUAUUAACGAGAAAAAUGAUUUGGUACAAAAGUUCAAGAAAGAAUUGGACCAUUUCACUGGUAAACUGAAGAAUGUCAUUACGGAGAACGAGGAUCUUCACAUCCAAAUUGAGAACUUUAGAGUGCAGGUUCAUAAAUGCACCGAGGAGAUGAAAACCGUUGAAAAAGACGCCGCUAUAAUAAAGGAACACAACGAUCUGCUAUCAAGACAAAUUGCACUGCAAAGGCAAAAACUGCAAGAGGUUCACGCCGUCUACGAGCGAAAAGUUGAGUCAAUGUCGGAAGACAACGGCAAACUACAUAAAGACUACACGCAAUGCAAGACCGAGUUGAGCAACUUGAAAGGCAAGUAUGAAAUUAUGAGCCAGGAGUACGAAAAAUUCAACGCUAACAUUGAGAAGACGAUGCCAGUAUCAGUGCAUAAUAAAGCCGUCGAAGAAUGUCGAAGAUUGUUCGAGGAAUUGAAGCAGCAAUACGACUCAGAAAAGAAGAAAUUGAAUAAUCGGAUAAAGUAUUUGGAGGAAAUAGUACCGGAGAAUGAGAAGCAAAUAGCGAUACUUACAGCAGAGCGGGAUCAACUUAAAAAUCAAUUAACCAAUUCUGAGCUGCAUUCAAAAGAGGCACAGCAUCAAUUAAAAGAUUUGCAGAAAGUCAGUCACUCGAUUGAGAAAUCACGAGACUUUUACGAGCAAAAGCUUACAAAGUGUAACAUACGUUGUAAGAAACUGUUGGAGGAGCAGAAGAAAAUUGUUUUGGAGAAGAAUAAAUUGGCGGAGCUUCUUCGCGAAAAAGAGAAGGAGAAUGAAAAUAUUCAAUAUUUAGGAAGUAACAUUGCGUGGAGAAUGAGUAAUCUAAAAAGCCAACUGAAAAUCGUUCAAGAAGGUGCCAAAGAACAACUAGCUACAGUUGAAAAACAUAUAAAAAAUCAAGAACAAGGAGCAGAUCAAUUGAAAAGCGAGUAUCAAAGAGAAAUGCAACGACUGAAACAAUUGCUAUUGCAAAAGGACGAUAUUAUUCAAAAACUGCAAAGAGAAAAGGCUACAACUCAAGAUAAUUUAGAAAUGAUGUGGAGAGCAGCUACAUCUAGUGGUAGAAAGUAAAGUUGAGAUCACGCAAUUGUAAAUAUUAGCUUAGAAUUUAUUUUAUUACUAGACGGCAAGCGCAUUUAAGUGUUUUAUAUUCGUAAUGUUUUAGAAAUAAUUCAAUUGCCUUUAAUUGGUAAAAAAAUGGACAAUAAGUAAUUGAUAUUGCAUUGAAUUUCAUUCUAUGUUAUGUACACACCAUAGACUGAUAAAAAGCUACCUCAAUUGAUUCCACAAAUAGCAUAGAAUGUAUUGGAACUAAGAAGUUCCUAAUUUAUUGUGUAAAAAAAUUAUAUUUUCGUGAAACUAGAGCGAAAGCAAUUGUUUUUGAAAUUUUAAUCAUUUGAUCUCUGAAUUCAGAAGACAGAUAAUUUCAGAUAACAUCAUACAAAGUAAAAAGACUUUCCAUAUCUUUCCAACCACGCUUGCUUUGCCAAACUCAUGGAAAAAGAUCAAACAAGGAGUUAAAGAUCAAUCAAGGAAAGGUAUGAAAAACCUGAUUGAAAGAAAGUUCAUUUCAAGAAAGAGACAAAUAAAUGUAUGAAUACAAUUUGAUUGAGGUAGACCGGAUUUCAGGCAGAUAUUUUGACAAAAGUUCAGACUACAGAUCAUUCAAGGAAAUGAUAAUACUAGGUGAGAAAGUAUACUUCCAUUUAAGAGUUCAGAAAAGUAGAUUAACUCUGAUUUCAUAGCUGUUUUCAAUUCCGAUACAAGUGAAUUCGGUAAACAGGAUGAAUUUUAAAGUAUUGCACGUAGAUGCAGUAAAGGACCGACUUCGAACAUCAUAUCAUGUAUCAUUUCAGGUAACGAUCGUAACAUCAUAAGAUAAUCUAUGUUCUUAGAUUCUUUAAAUAUGGGAAUAUAUUUUCUCAGCUGGUAUUAUCAUUUCCUUGAAUGCCUUUUGUCGUUUGAACUUUUUUUAAACAAAUCUGAUUGAAAUUCUACAUGAUAACGUUGUAUUUAUUGAUUUAUUUCUCUCUCCUCUAAAACUAUCUAUCCCUGAGUCGAGGUUUUCGUACUUUCCUGGAUUGAUCUUUAACUCCUUGUUUGAUUUUUUUUAAUUGAGUUUGGGUAAUGUAUGUUAAGUUUGAAAGAUGUAUAAUUCGUCUUUUAGCUGGUAUGAUCGUUACCUGAAAUGAUCUAGUUCUUCAUUGGUUUUUUACUACAUCUGCCUGCAGAGAUAUACGACUAAAACUAUGUAUAAGGUUAAUCCUUUUCAUUAAAUUUAUCUAUAUAGAAUAGAAAAAAAACUCUCAAAUGUCUGUAUAGAAUAGAAAAAUUCUUAAAAAUCUGUAUAGAAUAGAAAAAAAUUCUUGCUUAAAUUUCUCUUUUAUGGGAUCUAUUUGUUAUCUUAUCUCAAUAUCGUAUUUAUUUAAAUAUUUGUCUCUUCCUUGAAAUUAACUCUUCUUCAGUCAGGAUUUUUAUGUUUCCUGGAUUGUUAAUUAUCUUUAUUUUCAAAAUAAGUUAAUUGCAAACAAAUAAAAAUAUAUUUUCAUUGAAUUUCUAAAUGUUGCAUUGGAAAAAACGGUCAUAUAUAAAAAAGUCACCUCAAAUACUAAAAAUCAAUGAUUAUAAAAUAUGAUUGCUUAGCUAAUUUUAUACUUCAAUGCCCAUUUUACGUUAUUUUGGACUUGAUCUUGUACAAUGCCAUAUAUAAAGUCAAAGAUACUAUAUUUGAUUCGGAUGAACUAUGGCAUUACUUUGAUGCAUAAAAGUUUAUUGUUUUGUUCCAAAAUAAGCAUAUUGAAUUAGAAAAAUUCUGUGUACUGUCGUAAGUCUUACAUAGCCUUGAGCGUAUUGCGCAAUGAUAGUUUGUUACUUCGUUGUACCAGAAAAAAAUAUUAUUAUUGUUAUGUUACAAGACGUACGAAACUCACUACGUUUUGUUAUGCGAUUUUGGCAAUGCAGCUAUAUGAUGUUCUGUACCAGAUUGCGAUGAUGGAAGAGCGUGAAGUAAGAGCAGAAGUAAUAGUUCUUAUUUAUGAUUAAAAUUAAAAAUAACGAUAUUCAUGUAACUAUAAAAUAAGCAGCAAUGAGCAUAAAUUUUUGGUAAAAUUUAUUUUGUUGCGUUAGCAGAUUUCAAAGAUGUACUUGAAUUUGCGAAUUGCCGCGGGCGGAGGAGAAAUAAGAUUUCAUAAGAAUCGAUUAAAGGUUAUUAGGAACUUUGAAAAAAACAAAAACUAAUGGGUUUUAUAUCUUGAGACACUGGUGUUUUUAUAUAAUG